AAAAUAAAGUGGGGGAAUUUCAUGUGGAGGCCAUUUCAUGCUGACCUGCUAGAAUUCAGCUGCAUUCUUUUUCGACGUGGGUGCUGAGCGGAGCGUUCAAAUCUCCAGCUAAUCUGCCAGCCAAUGCUGAAUGGUACAGAUGAGGGAACAGGGAUAAUGGAAACACCUGACAUCACUCUUCUAGAGCAUUCAGCCCUGGGCACAGCCUGGCACAAGGGCAGCAUAUAAAGCCCUGGCUCUCGGGGCUUGCUAGAGUCUCUUCCUGCUCCUGCCUCCUUUGGGACCAUCCCAGAUGGAUAUCACCGUUCACCAUCCCUUCUUCCGCAAGCCCCUGCUCUCCUCCGUCUUGCCCAGCCGCAUCUUCAACCAGACUUUUGGGGAACACCUCCCCGAAUCCGAACUGCUGCCUGUCUCCUCGGCUCUCAGCUCUUUCUUUUCGAAGCCUUUCAUCCUAAGGAACCCUGGCUGGCUAGAAAACAGGUUCUCAGAGAUGCGACUGGAUAAGGACAAGUUUUCCGUGAACCUGGAUGUGAAGCAUUUCUCUCCCGAGGAGCUCAAAGUUAAAGUUUUGGGAGACAUGAUUGAAGUUAAUGGAAAACACGAAGAGCGCCAGGAUGAACACGGUUUCAUCGCCAGAGAGUUCAACAGAAAGUACAAGAUCCCAGCUGAUGUGGAUCCUCUCUCCAUCACCUCCUCCCUCUCUUCGGAUGGUGUCCUGACAGUGAAUGGACCACGGAAACUAACGGAGGUCCCCGAGAGGACCAUCCCCAUUACAAGAGAGGAGAAAGUGGCCCUACCAGCAGGGCAGAAGAAGUAGACAGCUCUUUGAAACUGGCCCCUUUUAUACCCAAGGAAGGCUCCCCACUGGACACAAGCAACAAGAUGGCACUGCUGGCUAGAUGGUCUUAUUUAUUUGUGCUAAGAGAAACAAAUGAGCUUAAUUACUAACAAAUAAAAACAACGAGUAAAGCAUCGAGAGGCUUCUUCCCCUGGUUCUUUGGGGCAGGCUUAAUUUGAAACAGGAU